UUGAUCAUAAACCACUUAAACUCCAGGCUCACUGGCAGGGGAAACUUUAGCAUGAAGUGCAGCAUUGGUUUGUCUCUGGAGGUGGGGGUGUCCUCUCUUUUGCCUUCUCUCUUCCCCAACACUGAAGACCUUGCAGCGCUAUUUUUGUAUUUUCACUGUGAACUUGUCUGAAGCUCACCAAAUCGUUCCGAGUACAUUAAACGGCUUUGGGAGAUGCUCUCAGACCGAGUUGGAGAAAAGGGCAGCAUAAAACGAACGGCAGAGAUGAAGCACAACUUACAGAUGGACUAGGAGAGCUGGAAGAUCCGGAAGCGGUACUUUCCCUGCAUUCCCCGAGCACUCCACAGUGCUAACAAGUCUUUUGCAGCAAUGGAUUGUCUGUGCAGUGGAAACUAAUUUGGCUCUUUUAGAAGAUCUUGCAUCAUUAAUUUGAACUGUAUCAAUGUGGAGUGAAAAUGGCUGUCUAGAGCAAAAUGUGCAAGAUAGAGAAAUCUUGGAGAGGCAAGAACUAUUGAAUCUGUUAAACAAAGCUUGGAAGCAUUAAAAUCUGUAAAAAUUGUCAAGCCCUGAAAAGUCUAAUCAUGAAUUCUGGAGUUGCUAUGAAAUAUGGAAAUGACUCCCCUGUGGAGCUGAGUGAGCUCCAUUUAGCAGCCCUGGCAUCAUUAAAGGGAGACAUAGUGGAGCUUAAUAAACGUCUACAACAAACAGAAAGGGAGCGUGACCUGUUGGAAAAGAAAUUGGCAAAAGCACAGUGUGAACAAUCCCACCUAAUGAGAGAGCACGAAGACGUGCAGGAGCGAACAACGCUGCGCUACGAGGAACGAAUCACAGAGCUGCACAGUAUCAUUGCUGAAUUAAAUAAGAAGAUUGAUCGACUGCAAGGAACAACAAUAAGGGAGGAAGAUGAGUAUUCGGAGCUGCGGUCAGAGCUCAGCCAAAGCCAGCAUGAGGUCAAUGAAGACUCGCGCAGCAUGGACCAGAAUUCUGUUUCGGUACCGGAGAAUCAGUCCACCAUGGUCACUGCAGACGUGGAUAACUGUAGUGACUUGAAUUCAGAACUGCAAAGAGUGCUGACAGGUCUGGAAAAUGUUGUCUGCGGGAGGAAGAAGAGCAGCUGCAGUUUAUCUGUAGCAGAAGUGGAUAGACAUAUUGAACAACUCACCACUGCCAGCGAACAUUGUGAUCUAGCCAUUAAGACGGUAGAAGAAAUAGAGGGUGUACUAGGACGAGACCUUUAUCCAAAUCUAUCUGAGGAGAGAUCUCGAUGGGAAAAGGAGCUGGCUGGCCUGCGGGAAGAGAACGAGAGCCUCACUGCCAUGCUGUGUAGCAAAGAGGAGGAGCUGAACAGGACCAAGGCCACCAUGAACGCUAUUCGUGAAGAAAGGGACAGAUUGCGCAGAAGGGUUCGGGAACUGCAAACACGUUUACAAAGCGUGCAGGCAACAGGUCCAUCCAGCCCAAGUCGUCUCACUUCUGCAAAUCGACCCGUUAACCCUAGUACUGGAGAGCUGAGCACAAGCAGCAGUAGCAAUGAUAUUCCUAUAGCCAAGAUUGCUGAAAGAGUGAAGUUGUCAAAGACAAGAUCAGAGUCUUCAUCGUCUGACAGACCUGUCCUAGGAUCAGAAAUCAGCAGCAUAGGAGUGUCCAGCAGCGUGGCUGAACACUUGGCGCAUUCCCUCCAAGACUGCUCAAAUAUCCAAGAAAUCUUCCAAACUCUGUAUUCACAUGGAUCUGCUAUCUCUGAAAGUAAAAUCCGAGAGUUUGAAGUGGAGACAGAGAGAUUAAAUAGCCGUAUUGAGCACUUGAAAUCCCAGAAUGACUUGUUAACCAUAACACUGGAGGAAUGCAAGAGCAAUGCUGAGAGGAUGAGCAUGCUUGUUGGGAAAUAUGAGUCCAAUGCUACAGCCCUCAGGCUUGCACUGCAAUACAGUGAACAGUGCAUAGAAGCGUAUGAGCUGCUGUUGGCAUUGGCAGAAAGCGAGCAGAGUCUCAUUCUUGGGCAAUUCAGAGCUGCAGGUGUUGGUUCUGUGGGGGACCAAACAGGUGAUGAAAACAUUACCCAGAUGCUUAAGAGAGCUCAUGACUGCAGGAAGACAGCUGAGAAUGCAGCAAAAGCCUUGCUGAUGAAACUGGAUGGGAGCUGCGGGGGAGCCUAUGCAAUCACUGGCUGUAGUGUGCAGCCCUGGGAAAGCCUGUCAUCCAACAGCCACACGAGUACUACCAGCUCAACUGCAAGCAGUUGUGAUACAGAGUUUACAAAGGAGGAUGAGCAGCGGUUGAAGGAUUACAUACAGCAGUUGAAGAAUGACAGGGCAGCAGUGAAGCUGACAAUGCUGGAGCUAGAAAGCAUCCACAUUGAUCCCCUUAGUUAUGACGUUAAACCUCGUGGAGACAGCCAGAGGCUAGACCUGGAAAAUGCAGUCUUGAUGCAGGAGCUUAUGGCAAUGAAGGAGGAGAUGGCAGAGCUGAAGGCGCAGCUUUACCUUCUGGAGAAGGAGAAGAAGGCGUUGGAAUUGAAAUUGAGCACCCGAGAGGCCCAGGAACAGGCCUACCUCGUCCACAUCGAGCACUUGAAGUCUGAAGUGGAAGAGCAAAAAGAGCAGAGAAUGAGGUCUCUCAGCUCUACUAGCAGCGGCAGCAAAGACAAAUUGGGCAAGGAAUGCAGUGAUGGCACCGCAACACCGUUAACGUUAGCUGAGCUGAGACCAUACAGCGAGAGUGAACUGACUGCUGAACUGACAAACGCGCUCAGGCGGGAGAAGAAACUGAAAGCUAGAGUGCAAGAGUUGGUGAGUGCUUUGGAGAGACUCACAAAGAGCAGUGAAAUCAGGCAUCAGCAGUCUGCAGAAUUUGUUAAUGACCUUAAGAGGGCAAACAGUAACUUGGUAGCUGCUUAUGAAAAAGCAAAGAAAAAGCAUCAAAACAAGCUGAAGAAACUGGAGUCACAAAUGAUGGCCAUGGUGGAGAGACAUGAAACACAAGUGAGGAUGCUCAAACAAAGAAUAGCAUUGCUAGAAGAGGAGAACUCUAGACCGCACACCAAUGAGACUUCACUUUGAACGCGUCUCUUUCAACGACGGUUAGUGCCAUUACAAAUCUGUUUCUUUUGGAGGCUGGUUUUUAGGUAGCUUCAAACUCUUAAGAGCUCUGACCCUCAACACAGUUCAGCACCAUCUCUAGGAUUGCAGCUCUCCAGCCGUGAGCCAUGGGGAGGGAGAACCUAACCAUUAACCAAGAACUUUUUAAUAAUGAAAAUGGACAGUGCCUGAAUUAUCAUGCCAUGAGCAUGCACGUUGUCUGUGUCAUUAUGUCUGUACUCAUGCAGGUUCUCUUCCAUCUUAUGUCGCAAAGGCGACAGUGUCACAUAACAAAAUAAUUCAUGUUGAGAUUUUAUUUGGGGCAGUAUGGAGAUAACUGGAGGGUUCUCCCAAUCCCCAAGCUCCUCCCUCUGCACACACCUUCUCUCUGUAUUAUGCUCCAGCCUUGCUGCUGCUGCUACAUCAACUAAAUAAGCAGAUUUGGGGGUGGGGGAUGGAAGUCUCUCUAAGAUGAUCGGCUGGUUUGCUGUUUGCACCACACCUGCAGUACUAUUGCAGGUGCAGGUAGAGUAGGAAAACUCUACUCUUUUGUUUGGCCAAAAAAAAAAAAAAACCCAACACCCUGGGCAUGUCUGGGAACUAUGGUAAUGAUAUAUUUCUUAGUUUGUAAGAGGACUAAAGGCUGUGAGUUUCACCCUGCCAGAUAGUCUGUGCCAAGGUUGAGUAAGAAGUUAUAGGAAAUCUCCGGAUAUUGCAUGUUGUAUGCAAUUAUUUUCUGAGACAGCUGGAUUUUCCUAUUAAUACAUUAUAGCCAAGGUUUUCUUUAAGAGGCUGGGCCGUCUUUGUCAUGUGUAUAGUUUUAUUACAUCUUUCUAUGAUCAAGAGGUAGAAUGUCUUUUUUUAUACUUUUGACCAAAAAAGGUACUUAUUUAUUAGAAAUGUACCUGUUCAAUAUUAAAUACAUAUGCACAAGCCUAUAAAUGUGUGUAUGUAUGGAUGUACAACCACAAACAGAAUGUGAAUGGCUUUGUCUUCAUAUAGCUGCUUAGGCUAACUUUUGUUACUGUUAACAUUCUUUUCUUUUGUUUAAGUAAGUCACAUCAUCUCAAAGUAAAUGAAUUGAAAAUUUUGGCCUAUAAUAGUUAUGACGGCUAAGUAAGUGAAGCGUGGCGAUGAGGUGCUUCUAGGGAGCAAAAAAUGGGAGUCUGACAUGGCAGCAGUUUCGCAUAGAAUUUUCUUCUUUUCAACAUAGCCAAGACCAGGCAUGUAAAACAAACACAGCUGCCAGUUUGGCAUUGUUAAAACAAGCAUGGAGCCCAGUAACUUUGUUCAGCUGUUACUUCUCUGCUUCUAUUUUUCAAGCUUUGUUUUAUCCAGCAAAUCCAAUUUCAGGAGUCAGCUAUCCUUUCUGUUCAUCAUAUGACUUGUUGUACAUGUUGGGCUGCACCUCAGGUUUGCUUAGUGUGUUUAGCGCGAUGAGAAAUUUUCAUCUAGUACUGCAAUUCCUAGUACUAAGGAAGUAUUUUUAAGCCGACCUAAAUGGUUCUGUCUAGUCUAGUCUUGGUAGGCCAGGCAGCCAAAGCAGUUCUGGGAAGUCAUGUUCAGAAUAUGGUAUUAGUGUUAACUCUCGGUUACAACUGAAACGCUCACGGUUGGCGUUCAUGCUCUCUCUCUUAUUACUGUAGCUGUUGUUUUCUUCUUUCCUUAACAGUAUAAUUUCUUGAUAGUUCCCUAGAGUUUGAUACAUCCAGCUACAACGCCAACACCAUAAGUAAGUGGUUGAUUGCAGUAGUGCAAGUUAAGACAAUGCUGAUUUCCAAAUUAAGUUGUAGAUGGGGUGUGAUGCCUUUAGGUUGGUUUUGGUCAGUCCUCUUUAUUAAGAUAAUUGCACAAUUCCCACUUACUACUUAAAUGGAAAUUUUUGCAAAUCAGAUUGUUGAGGCAACAGCUGCAUUGAUUUCUUACUGUCUGUAUGGUUUUGCUAAGUAUCCAUUGUGUUUCAUUUUUUUGGCCAAGUUUGUCAACAGAAAUGUGAGUUUUGCCACACGUGUGCUUUAGUAAUAGCUGAUCACACUUGUUUCUGAAGAAAGUAAUCCACUGCGCACUCUGGUGAAAGUGCAACUACAGUUUGUCUGCUUGUAUCUGAAACAAGUAACUAGAGGUCAUCUCAAAUUGUCAAUGUGAAAUACCUUUCACCUAAGGUAGCUAGUAGCCAUUGUUGUACUGGAUUUCCUCUUUGGAUCCAUUUUUUUUUUUUUUUCAGUUUGUUAGAUUAGCUAAAGAAAUUGUUAAGCCAGUUAGGCUUGAAGCCUUUGAAUUGAAACCCAUCUUUAUGGGCAAGAUUGUAUAUUAAGAAAUGAAAUGUAACUGGAUUUAAAAAUAUAAAGCUGCAGUGUCCUACAGUGGGCCUCAAACAGGCAAGGAUUUGCUGACUCUGUAUAAACUAAGUGCUGUUUAAUGCAUUUACUGCACAUCUCCCCAGCUAACUGUGCGCCAAGAGUGUUUUAGAAUAAAUCAUGUAUCAUCAUGAACGGUAAGUCACUCUCUCUUUCUUCCUAUGGGGCUUAAAGACAGAGCAGCAAGACUGCUGUCACACAGCCUCUGUAGUAGCUUAGCUGUUUGCCAAACCAACACAGUAGCUUGCCUAAGCAAGUAGCUACUGCUUCCUGUGUUGGCACACUGGAAGAGGCUGGUAGGAGAGCGGUGAAAGGUUUACUGGUAUUGUGCUUCGUAUUUUAACAAUUAGCUGCCAGUCCCCCUGUAUUUGUUAAAAAUGGCACUAAUCCUGAGAGUGAAUGCCAAAAGCCUACUUCCUUUUAUGCAAGUUUGAAACACCAGCCUAUAGACAAGUGUGCAUUUUAACUUUACAGUCGAUGCAAGUCACCGCAAAUCACUGCAACUUAGCUCACUUAACACUUGUUGCAGAAAUAGUACAUUUGCAAAGCCAGAAAAAUAAUUGUUCACGCAUUAAUCUUAGUUUGUAUUUUAUUUUUUCACUUUCUGAAUUGCUAGAGUGCAUGAGACUUUACAUUUCACUUUGCGUUCAGAAAAAAAACAGUACUUUUUCUAGUUACGUGUAUAAAUCUUCACCAGCUUGAAUGUACUGCUAGCUAUUACAAAGCACAUGUCACUAAAUUUGCAUUAAUGUCAGUAUUGUUCUACUGUUUUUAUUAGGAAUUUCUCAUUUAAAAACUCAUUUAAUAUUGUACAUUGUAAGAUUAGAAACCUUUCAGCUUACUGAAUUAGCUUUAAACGUAUUGCUGCUUUUUAGUUUCCUAGCCGCUGUAAAAUAGCUAUUUUGUGUUUAUUUGAUAUAGAAUUGUAAAAACUGCAUUUAUUUAUACAGAGACAUUUAUAAUACUUUUAUUUUACAAAUGUUCUUAUAUUCUGAAUAAAUUUCUAAUGCUAUGUCUUUUCUUCUGGUGUUUCUUCAACAUACCUGUCGUCAUAUUGCUGAGCGGUUCUGCUAAAAGGUAACACUAUACCGUAAUCUUUCUCUACGUGAAGUCAGUAAGGGAGGUGGAUGGUACGGCACUGUGAGGAGUUACCAUAAGGGGGACGUGCGAUGUUGAACUCAGCGUGAUCUGAUCGAUCCGUGGUUUUAACUGAGCUCAAAAACAUUAAGACUUGCCACAGACCCGCCUUCACAGCUUCAAUGAAAACUUUACAGAAAUAGAAAAGCACAUAUGAAACUGUUUCCACAUAUCCAGUUCUUUUAAUGACAAGCUUUAUGGACCAAAAACUCUGUCAUUUCAUAAAUACUUUCAAAGCACUUAUUAAGGUUGACAUACUUCCUUUCUUCAACACACCAGACCCCUUUUAAAAUAAAUUUUGCUUCCUAUUGUUCGAUGGGCCCCCUGUCCACCUUCACAAUUGACUUUAAAAAAUACUUCUUUUACUGGCACGUACAUAUAAAUCAGUGCUGCUAAUUGGCUUAAGGCAACAUUAGUUUAAACAUUCUAUCAUGAAAGAAUAAACUGUACCAGCAGCACAGCCUUUACAUUUCACACUGCAAACAGUAAUGUUCAUAUUUCAUUACUACAGUAAGUUAUGAAGUCAUUGACUUUAACUUCACAGAGAAAUUACAGUAGAAAAGAAAAUGUCAGUUUAGUCAUAGCCUCUUAAAUGAUGUGCUUCAGUUUCUGAAUCAGCGAACAACGAUUAAAACCACAGCCAUUAGUACAACAUAUGUUACAGGUAGUCACAGAUUUUACCUACUCAAAUUGAAGAGCUGACUAAUGCAAACUACUCUUCAAAAUAACAUAAUGGUUUAAGCAAGUUGAAUAAAAUCUGCAACUUGACAUGGCAUUUAACUCGCACUUAGCUGUAAAUACUUUCUACUAAGCUAGUACUGAUACAACACCACUUACUUACUUACAUACCAGUGAGGAAAAUGGAUCAAGUUCUUGAGUCUUACAAAAUCAAGAGGAAGACAGGUCAUCUUUCACAUAUGAAUGAGCUCUAUAAUAAAACACCGGCUCCCUAUUUUUCUGCAUGGAGUGCUGCACAGGAUCUAUCUCUUUGGACAGACAGGUCCUAAAAUGUGUACAGCAAUACAGUAUUACCCCAAAGUCUAUAAACAAAAACCCACCUCUCUCUGCAGGUUUUGGUUUUUGGUUUUUUUUUUUUUUUUUAAUGUUACCAUGCUGCGCUAGCCCAGCCUCACUGCUCCUCAGGUGUGAAGUGUUCCCAAACGCUGCACUGCUGUGCAGCCAUACCAGCUCACUUAAGAAUCGUGCUGUAAGUACAGGCUUGAGAAAUAUUUGCUAGAACUUUUAAUCGUGCAAUUUUACAUAACUAACUUUCCUGCAUAAUAUAAGUAUGUACCCAAUGAGUAGGAAUAAAUGGAUCAUCUUCCUCAUUUACUGAUUUUAUUUAAAUAUGCUUAAAACAUUUGUAGUCAAAGUAAAUGCUUCUCAUAGUGGCUCAUGUGUUACAGGGAACUGAGGUGGUGCUAGUUAUGUCUUUAAAAAGGUAUACAUGCUUGUUUUAAAACAAUUAAUGCUUCAUGAGCUAUAACUAUUUUCUUAAGCAUAUUGAACUCCUAAUGGAAACAAAAUGAAAAUUAGUUUUUCUGAUCAACAAUUAAAGAAGUGUUUAAGCUUGACAAAAUACUUAUCUUUUGAACAACUUAUACAGUAAAGUUCAUGGUGGACCUAUUCAAAUUUAAAUAUUCUGUACCCUGUCAAGCUGUCUGACAAUUACUUUUAAGUAAUUGUAGGUCAGCAUGCUUUCUUUUGUUCUGCUAGUAUUGAGGAAUGAAUUGCGGUCGCUUCCCAGAAGUGCCCACAAUGAGACCUCUAAGCAUGAAUAUAGGUGUUAUAGUCAAAGUGAAUAUAGGCAAAGCUAUACACGAGUAUUUUAACCUAAAAUUUUCAAUGAAAAGACAAGUUAAAACCCAAGCAUUUAAUUAUAACGUACUCCUGCUAAUCCAGAUUUUUUUUUCCCCCCUCUUGGUAUGAUCCUGAAUAUGGCCAAUGGAAUUGCUACAUAUGUUGCCUUGCUUUAAGUUCACAACCUACUUGAAACAGUGAAAAUGCACACACAGCAAAAAUCCUACUGCAUCUCCUCUCAGUGCCUAUGUACAGUAUUAAGAACAGUGCAAAUACUAGCAGUUAGCCUACUACUUUCAUUCUUGAACUAGACUAUUGCUACAAAUGCAUAAGAACAAAUACCUAUUACGCAAGAGUAGUGACAUUUCCAGGCCUAAUUUACUGCAAAAGCACCUUCAGUUAGUUUGUAGAAAACUUACCCCAUCUUAAAUAAUUUUGGUUGUUUCAAAAGCUGAAAUACUACAAUAACAAAAGCAAUCUGAAAUUAGUAUGAAGUCAUGUAAAAGCACCAGACUCUUUAACAGUUACAGUGCAAGUUUUAAUUUCUUUAAGUAGAGAAACUGCUUUUAAAAAUCAAUGAGAGGCUAUUCUACCAGGUCUCAAUAGUUUUGAGCUUCCUAAAAAUGUGUAUAGAGUAACCUCCUAAUUUACAAGAUGAAGGCACCUGAUUUUCAGCCUCUGGAAAGAAAAGAGAAAAAAAAAAACACAAGCACACAAACCCCUGUUGUUCAGAAUUUAUAAAAAAAACAAAACAAAACAAAAACCAAACAGGUAGCUGAAAAAUUAAGCAGCCCACUGACCCAACAACUGGAAAGCCAGUCACCCACAGACCCGCAGUACCAUGCUGUAUACCACAGCAUAUUAGAGCUUGGCUUCUUAAUGUAGACUUGCUCUUCACACCAGCACGUUAUGAGUGAUGCUACAGCCUACACAUCAUCAAGAAAGCGCUACUGCUAUACACUACAAGUCACCAGGAAAGCCUACAAUGUUAAGUAUAAGAGUUGGAAAACAAUCUGAGAGCAAGUCUACUAGGAAGAGCCAAGUUGCAAAGCCUGCCUUGUUUUUGAAAGGAACUAUUGGCAUACGUAACAGCCACAAGUAGGUGAAGCAAGAACACAGCAAACGUUGUUCUCAACACUCCACGGUAAAGCACAGGAACUCUGGAGCACAGCAAAGCAGCCUGGAACAGUGAUGAAGACCAAAAUUUUAAUAAACACUAUUUAUGUAAGUAAGUUUGGUCUAAAAAAUUUUACAUUAUGUUUUUUAAAAAAAAAAACUGUGACUGUGCAAUAAAUAAAGCUGUUGCCCUGCUUCUUCCCAGUACCACUUUUCCCAGACUUCAAACUGUACAAGAUAGAUAGCUUCUUUCAAAAGCAUGCAUGUACAUCAAGGAGUUGAAGUUAAUAUUUCUACAUACAUAAUGCAGUUAGGCAGAUCACUUUUCAGUCAAAGUGCAAAGCAUUCUGGAAAAGCGAGAUUCUAGAAAUCUCACACUACUAAGACAGGAGAGUUAUACAGUACUAGAAACUGCAAACUAAUAGUCUAGACUCUCAAGACCCACGUGUUUAUUGUUUCUUUUUGUUAAAUGUUUGGUCAUUUUAUUAAUUUUUUUUUUAAUUUCAAGGACAGUGAUAGAUGACCAUUCACAAUUUGAAUAAACCCCUUGCAGGCAAGCAUUCUGACUUGUUUUUGCUCCAAACAUAAGUAGUAGAAUGAUGUUUAUUUUUCAAGUAUCUUGACCUCAGCUCUGACAUGCAAGCAGUGACUCUUGGUUCUCUGUAUUUAUCCCCCACUCCCAUGAAAUUAAAAAAAAAAAAAAAAUCCAUUACCACUUUUGUUAUUUCUUCACUGUUUUACAGAAACACAUGUAAACUGCACUCCUAAACCGGGAAAUAGACUUAAUUAUAAAAUGAUGGUGAAAUAAGAACAUAAACUAGGAAGAGUAAACAAUCUGAAACGUUCACGGUGCAGGGCACCCUGGAGCCUAAGGUAGAUGACGCGACACCACCACACCUGCGUUGUUCUGGAAACCUUACUGAGAAAGCAGAAAGCAAUGCUAACAAAUACAAGAAACAGUACCCUUAUACAAAGUAGUAAAAGUUAUUGCAUAUUUAAUCACAUUUAUUUGCAAUGCACGUUAAGGCUAGAUUUACUAAAAACCAGGACAUAUCUAUAAGCCCCCUCUUUGGGCUUCUUAAUGAAGCAACUAGUUUCUUUUAUACUGAACCAAACCUUCAUUAAGAAGAUUUAAAAAAAAAAAAAAAAAAAAGAAAAAGACCCAGUGAAUACAGAGGAGGGCCAGCAUCUCCUAUUCAUAGGAGGCACUUGCUUCAUUUUAGAGACUUCCUCUGUCUGUAACAUGAUUUACUAUCUCAAUAGUUUAUUUGAACUUACAAGUUCAAAGUACAUACAGUUUCAGCAAACACCCCCUUAUUUCACAGAGCAUGAAAGUAAUUUAUCUGAAAAGUCAACUUACUUAUUAAAGAUUUCCACAGUCUGAUAUUUAAUCAUGCCUUAGGAGAGGCUCGUUAACUCCACAGGCAGCAGCAGCAGCAACCUGGAGAUAUGAAUACAAACUUCUGCCUUGCCAUGAGUAAAGGCACUUUUGCUGGGAAAUCAACUACUUGCAGUGAAGAAGGAACUAAAGAUUAGUUUUCACCUGAAGCUGAGUUAAUUUAGCAUCCUCCAGCACUAUCCCACCCUCUCAGUUGCUGCACUUACCCAUUUACUGUUUUGAACAGCCUUUGGAUACUAAUUCUUUUUACAAGGUGAACCAAAGCUAGAAUGAGUUAUUUCACAACUUGGUCCUGAACAACAAGGCCCUCAAGACUCUUGUUCUCCAGAGGGAGGAAAUGCUGCAGUCCUGCAGUCUGUUUCUCCUGUUAACUCAUACAGGAGUUCAGGCUUCCCACAGCCAAAAGUGCUACAGCGUUAAAAGUCCCAAAUCACCUGGUGCCAGGCAGAUAAAUAAACCAGAAGAUAGCUCUAAAGCCAUUUUUGAGGGGAAAAAAAAAAAAAAAUACUAGGCAAUAGAUGAUGUAGGGUAGUUGAAGGAAGACCAGGAUUGUGAGUUUUUUUGGAUACCACAUGAGUUGUGUAAAGAAAGACUCAGUGCAUGAACGUUCACUCUGAUGGGAGAAGAGGGCCCACCUGUCAAAUAAUCAUUUGCACACCCUUAUUUUACAGAAGGGUCCGUUGUAAGAUCUGGGACAACAUGCUUUUGUUACGAGCCACUGUGACAAACAAGGACAGUACAUUUUUCCCAACUGCAAAGCAUGUAUUCAAAACCCCUUAAUUUGAAUCACGAAGAACAGAUUUCAUACAGUUUGUCACCUCAACUCCUACUGCUAUUUUUUUCUUCACAUCUUUGAUACUGUUAUUAAGUGUUGUAGCUGCAAGUGACUGAGGCUACAUCAUUCAAAUGCUAGCUGCAAGUGCAAAUCAAUACUAUUGGAUAUAUACAGAACAUACACUACGCUAGAGAUCUAAGGACAUCAGCACAGAAUAUAAUAAUCGGCACUCUCAGAAUAGUUAUUGCAAGCCUGAUUAAAAGCCAUUUAGUGUCACACAAUGCUUCUAUUAUCCAUGCACCUGCCUUCUUCCUCUCAGCAAGAUCCAGAGGCUUAUUUACAUUCAAUACAAAUGCUACACAAGUAACCUCUAACCAAAAAAAAGUUUAAGCCUUUCUUUUUGGAGAGCAGCUGCAAAUGGCUAACACAAAACUUUUAACUUCUCCCCAGUUUGGGGCAGUUCUUAGAACCGAGGCUAGAUGUUUUGAACGGCUAAGUUCUACCCAGUUUGAGCAUCCUCACUGAAGACAGAAGCAGAGUAGGUACAAGGCGGCAAAAUGCUAUAGAUUCAACUCCAAGGUUUACUGAUUGCUGGCCAAUGAACAAUAACUUUCAGUGUGAAGGAGGGAGGAUAUUUUGGGGCAAAAAAAUGGAAAAGAAAAAGAAUGAAAGGUUGAGGCUAGGUUUGAAAUGUGCAACUUAGGGUUUCAAAAUUACUAGGACAGACAAAGGAUUCCUCUGAGAAUCACUUUCAUUGCCACUGCCGUACUAUUGCAAUGUACUAGAAAAUGAAGAGCAACAAUUCCAACAACUUCACGUUAGACUAGUUAAAAGUUUAGCAAGCUGGUAUACGGCCAACAGUUAAAAAAAAAUACAUAGCAAGUUAAAAAAACAAGAAAAAAAUGCCCUCUAAUGCACAGCUAGGAAUAGUGAACUGAACACACUGGAAAGGUACUUUUGUGGACAAAGGCGAUAGUGCAUUUAAAGUGCAACACUUCACCAUGCCUCUCCCAUACUGCAAAGAAAACAGACCCUUCCAAACCAUCAGUCAAUUCCUGCAUUGCAUAGCCAAAGAAAAAGACACACACACACA